AGCGUGCACGCGCUCAUGGGGGUCACGAGAGUGGACAGGGGUGUUUUUUAGAGUUCAAAAAGUUUCCCGGAUGUCUGAAACUGCUCCCACAACUCCGACAGUCUCCUUUAAUAUGGCGGUGAAAAGUGAAAAAACAUACGGAUGAGAGGUGGCUAGCUAAUGUAAAUGAAGUUACGGUAACCAGGCUUUUAUCAUUCUCUCUGUAAGGAAGAAACUUACAAGAGUUCGGGAAAACGGACAUAUCGGCGAAUGACCAAAUAAAAUUUAAAGUACAGGUGUGAUGCCCUGAUGCCACCAUGUUUACCAAGAAAAAGAAACAGCGAAUCCAAAUUUCUGCCCCUUCCAACUUUGAGCACCGCGUGCACACUGACUUCGAUGAGCACGAGCAGAAGUUUGUGGGGCUCCCACGUCAGUGGCAGAGUCUGAUCGAGGACACGGCUAAGCGGCCCAAACCCUUCAUCGAUGCCACGGUCAUCACUACAGUCGAGCCGCGCAAGACCAUUGUGCGUGGCACAAACAUGGGAGUGGACGGCUCCCUCACCUGGCUGCUGGACGAGUUUGAGACCAUGUCGGUCAUACGGUCCAACUCCUUGAGGUACAGCAACCCCGCCAUGCAGUCUGGCCAGGACUUGGGCCCAAUCCAUGGCCAUCAAGAGAAUGGAGAGCAGCCACCUCGAUACUACGCACAUGGCGAUGGCCACACGGAGGGUUCUGAAAGGACGAGACCUCCACAAAAGCAACCAGCUCCAAACAGUCGUCAUUCGCGCAGCCCGCACGAGGAAAGCCGCUCCCACCCACAACCUCGGGGUCAGGAGCCAAGCAAGGAGCGACCCCCGGGCCAGCAUCCACAGCACAGAGACAAAGCACGGACCAAGGAGAGGCAAAGCGAACGUGACCCAGAGGACCAGGUGGUUAUGAGGGAGGGCGGCAGCGACAGGCGGCCCAAAUCCAGCUACACGGAUCGGGACCCGGGCCCCCAGUCCUCCAAGGACAAGCGGCCACACUCGGGGCCAAACAUUCGUACCCCCAACCUGCCUGUCAGCGAUGGGGUGAUAAAGUCUGCACAGCAAACAGGCCGGCCCUUCAAUACGUACCCCUGCACGGACAACAAUGCUUGGAAAGUCCCCAGUAACCAGGUACACUCGCAGGAUCUAAAACCGGGUAGAACAAAGGAGGCCACCCCUCACAACGGCCCCUCCAAUCCCAGCAGCAGACCUGUGAACAGCGGGGGGAAGCCAGCUGUGCAGGGCCGGCCGCGAGGAGAGCCCCAGCAGCACCACCACGCCUCACAUCCAGCCCUGGGCCCUGACCUUCCCAGCGGCCAGCCCAUGCCCCCCGCGCCGCAGCAGCCUGCCCCCACCGCCCCCCCUGCACAGGGCCGCUCCCCGCAACGGGAGCCCCAGCGGGUGACGCACGAGCAGUUCCGCGCGGCACUGCAGAUGGUGGUGGACCCCGGAGACCCGCGCACCUACCUGGACCACUACAUUAAGAUUGGGGAAGGCUCCACCGGCAUCGUCUGCAUCGCUACUGUCAAAAGCACUGGGAAACUGGUCGCCGUCAAAAAGAUGGACCUGCGCAAACAGCAACGACGUGAGCUGCUCUUCAACGAGGUGGUGAUCAUGCGGGAUUAUCACCAUGAGAAUGUGGUGGAGAUGUACAACAGUUAUUUGGUCGGGGAUGAACUCUGGGUGGUCAUGGAAUUCCUCGAAGGUGGAGCGUUAACAGACAUUGUCACCCAUACAAGGAUGAACGAGGAGCAGAUAGCCACAGUGUGCCUGUCUGUGCUAAAAGCACUUGCUGUUCUUCACAGCCAGGGCGUCAUUCACAGAGAUAUCAAGAGUGACUCCAUCCUACUCACUCAAGACGGAAGGAUAAAGUUGUCAGACUUUGGCUUCUGUGCCCAGGUGUCAAAAGAGGUUCAGCAUCGCAAGUCUCUAGUCGGUACUCCAUACUGGAUGGCACCGGAACUAAUCUCCAGACUUCCCUAUGGACCUGAGGUGGACAUCUGGUCUCUGGGAGUGAUGGUAAUUGAGAUGGUGGAUGGAGAGCCCCCAUAUUUUAACGAGCCCCCUCUUAAAGCCAUGAAGAUGAUCCGUGACAACCUUCCACCCAAGCUGAAGAACCUCCAUAAGGUGUCACCACUGCUGAAGGGCUUCUUGGAUCGCAUGCUGGUGAGGGACCCCGGUCAGAGAGCUACAGCCAACGAGCUCCUCAAGCACCCCUUCCUAAGCAAAGCAGGUCCGCCUUCCUGCAUCGUUCCGCUCAUGCGGCAGAACCGCAUGAGAUGAGGAGCAAAGGCCCGCCAGCACCAGCGCCGGGUGGGACUGCACUCCUCUCCCACAAAAACACCCCCGGCCGGCUCAUUGGUCCAAAGCAGUGUCAUGAAAUACUACCGACUCGUCUUUGAAGGCAACAGAACAGAAGAGUAACUGAAUGAAUGAGUCGACCUUGACUGGACACUAAUGCGAACAGAAGCGACUGUUACAGGUUUUCAAAUUGAGCACAGUUUUUUUUUUUAUUAUUUUUUUUAAAUGUUUCCCUGCUUAAACCGCUUGGGGUUAACAUACUAGAUCAGCUGGGGAUUGCUUAGGGGCCAACUCUGUAGUGUUCUCCAGCAAACUUUUAAAUACUGCAAUGCGGAAAAUCAUCUCUAGUGAAAAAUGCUAUGAAGCUUUGGACUGGAACUGACAUUAAGAUAUGCAAGGUUGUUGAUCUCAUUUCUAGCCAUUCCUACUGAAGAAUUAUGAUUAUUCUUUUUUUCCCUAGAUUCCUUGCGUACACUAAACAAAAAAGAAAGUAACUACUCCUGUUUAUAACACCCGUUAUGAACACUAAGAAAGGUUAAACACUGGAGAUGUUUAUGAUUCAGAUUGUUUCUUUUCUAUUAUACAUUUUAACUUGUACAGAUGUCUAUUAAUGAGUGUGAAUGAGAUUAUUGAGUCACUGCUGAGGAAUAGAAGCUGCAUUCCUACCUGUAUGUUUGAAACAGCAACUUUUUUUUUUUUUUCUUAGUUCUGAUGAGCCCUAUUUUCUUUCUUUUACCCUAUUUCUUCAGUCAAUGACAGCUUUUAGAAGCAUGUUACUUUGGUAGGAGAUGGCUAUAUUAUUGAUUGAUAUCUAUUUUGAGACCACAUAGGUAAUUAUGCCGAAAAUGGUUGUAUGGGCAAAUAGUUGCUAAAUCGGAAUGGGAGAGUAAGAUACCGGACUACAUGAAGUAUAGCAGGUGAGCAGGCUAGUUUUAGUUUUCUAAGGGCUUUUAUACAUUGAGUUGUGCGAAUUUAGCCAGUAAGGGUCGGCUGCUGGUACAAGUAAACAGCCCUUGGUUAAAUGCUCCAGCACGUGUGAUUUUUAACAUGCACAUGUACGAACACUAACAUACCCAUUUUUUUAAUACUGUCUGAUGCCUGGUCUGCUUACACUAUGAAAAAAAAAAGAAAUAUGUGAUUUUGGCAAUCAGUUAAAGCUGAAGACAAAAUUCUUUAGUUCUGCACUAUUUAUGUGGCUAAUUCUGACAUGGAGCAAUCUAGUCAGGUCUCAUCAUUCUGAUAUACGGUUAUGUAUAAACAGAGCAAAAGUAUAUAGCAUAUCUGAAAACUGUAGUGCCUGGAAUCACUUUUUUGUUGGUUAAGCUCCACUCCAGUCUCAGUAUAUAGGAAAAAUUGUAUUGAAAGUUAGAAGUUCAGCUGACAAUAUAAUGCCACUUUGAUUUGUAAAUGAUAUUGAAAUGUCAAUACAUUUUACUACAAAUA